AUGUCAAUAGAGUUUGAAGAGAUUUUUGAAUUUUUGAGGGAGAUUGAAAUAUCAUGUGACAGUUUCAAUGAGUGUAAGGAAAAAAAAGAAAACAUAAUUGUAUUUUUAAAUGAAUUGAAGUCAUACAUUGAUGAUAUAUCCAUUUCGUUAAAGGAGCGGAUAAAUCAUCCAGAUAAUGUUACUACACAGUUUGAUAUACUGAAAAAGAUUAUUAAUAAAAAGGAAGUAUUAGAAAAUGUAAUCAUAAAAGAGAAGGAACAGUUUAAGUUUGUGUGUCAGCAGCAUAGAGAAGAGAGUACUUAUUAUAAGGAUGACUACUUGGUUAAUUUUGCUAAUGAUAGAAGUAACAAUGUUUCCCCGAAUGAAUAUAGCGUACAUGAGGACCCCCCAUUUGAUGUUGUUAACCUGUGCAGUCAGAUGGAUGUCCAAGGUAUUAGUAGUGAAACAAAUAAUAACAUAAAAAACGCUAGUUACAGUUCAUUGACAUAUUGUAUAAAAGAGGCAUCACUACUACACCAUAUUGAUGAAAAUAGCAUUGUAGAAAGGGAGUAUUUACUAAAUAAUGAAAUGGAAAAAUUUGAAGAUAUAAAAGAAAAAGAUAAGACCAAUUCAAGAAGUGACAAGAUAAUAAAUAAUAAAGAAAACAGUCAUAUGCAGGAAAAGAAGGUGAAAGAAGCAGGAGGGGUAGAGAUGAAGAAGGAGGAACAUAAAUAUUAUGAAAAUGGGCAAAAACAGAUAUCACAAAUGCUACUACAUAAGAGUGAAAAGGAUGUAAAUAAAAAAAGUAACAACAUAAAAAGUUUAGAUGAUAACAUCGAAAUAGUAAAAGAUGACAUUAUCAAAGAAUGGAGUGAGCAGAUAGACGAUUACGAUAAUUUAAUACAUGAAUAUUCGUUUGAAUACAAAAAAAUGGGAUUUCAAAAAAAAAAUGAAAAAAGGAAAAAUAAUAAUAUGUCCGAUGAGAAUAUUGAUGAAGAGUUAUGUUUACUGGCACAAGAAAUGAAAGAAAAUGUUUUAACCUACAGAGAAAUAAUUAUAGAAGACAAUAGAACGUUAGAGAAAUCUGCAAACAAACAAGCACUUAAUAUAGAUUCUUUAACUGAUGUGAAUAAAAGAACCAAAAGUAUGAGUAAAAAUCAAAGCAUCUCUUUCUUCAUAUCACUCAUCAUAAUUUUAAUUUCGGCUCUGCUUUUUAUGUUUACUUUUUUUAUUAUUCUCAUCCUCUAG